GGUUUAAAGAAAAAGGAGUUGAUUAUUGGGGAGUUAGAGAAAGUGGUUAUAAAAGACAGACAGGGAAUAAGAGUCAAAGAAAGAGGAUAUCAGAAAAUUACUGUUGGAUUUUAGGAUUGUAGAAUAUAACUUCUUGGAUUACCAAUUAAACAGGAGUCAUGUUGAGGUGUGGACGUCCUCUCAUCAAUCUUCUACUCCUCAUCAUCAAUUUACUCAACCUCUCCUUUAUGACAUCAUCUCAAAAUGCCAGUCGACCACUUUUCCGCCCCUCUGAUGGCAUUGAAGAUUACUACAAUGAGUUUGAGGACGCUGAGCCACCUAGCUCAUCCCCCACUCAGUUUGAAGAUCCUGAAAACAAUCAAUGCCUCUAUGACAUGUGUGUGGAGCAGCAGGAAACAUGCUUGAAUCUUUCAAUAAAAGCUCGGUGCCUCUGCCCUGGGUUGAGUGGACAUGAUAUCCGUCCAAGUGCACCUCGCCUUUUGAAGUUGUCUGAAGAGGACGGCAAAGGGGUUGUGGUACAUUGGUGUGCUCCAACCUCUAUGGUAUCCUAUUAUGUUAUCUGGGUUUAUGCCAAAGACAUACACAAGACCAUACAGGUGGAAGAGAAGAAGAGGACAGCAUUACUGGGGGAUGUGGAAACUGGCGUGCGUGUGUGUGUACAGGCCGUGAAUUCCGCUGGAUUAAGCGAACAUGAGAUUCAAGCGUGUACCACGUUUGAGCCCCAACAUUCACACUCUGGACUAGCGCUGAAGCUGGGGAUCAUAGGGGGAGUGGUGGGACUUAUAGUGCUGCUGUUACUGGCUAUACUGCUGUGGAGACACAAAACACGACAUAAAUCUUCAGCACGGACAGAGACAGAGAGAAGAGCAGACGAGGUUCUCUAAAAGAGAGAGCAUAGUACUCGUGGAAUUAAACAAAAAUAUGCACAUUAUUUCUCGUAGUGUGUGUGUGGGUGGUUUAGGAGGAAUUUUUUUUAGGUUACAAACUGAUAAUUACAUGGGUAUUAUGCUGUGGCAGGGUGUAUGCUAUAAAUGUGGUUCAUAAUUCAAAUCACUCAACAUACUAAACAAUGUUUUUGAAAAUGUAAAAAUGCAGAAAGUUUUCUGUGAGGGUUAGGUUUAGGGGUAGGGUUAGUGUUAAGGGAUAAAAUAUAUAAUCUAUAGUUUGUACUGUAUAAAAAUUAUUUUGUCUAUGGACUAUCUAAGGAUUGCCGCAUCGCGAGCGCACGUGUGUGUGUGUGUGUGUGUGUGUGUGUGUGUGUGUGUGUGUGUGUGUGUGU